CCGCCCAAAGCAAUAAAAUACGCUUGACAACGCUCCCCUAUUUAAAAAAAUUAUAGUUUUCCUCCUUGAUCGACUGACUUACUCUUUCUAAACGACAAGUAAUAGUCAGGCUACUUUAUAAUAUGGAAUACCCUGUUUUCUUCGAGUGCCAGACUCUGGACACAUCACAGAAAGAGAAGAUUAAAAAGUACUUUGAAAUUCGCCGUAAAUCCGGUGGCGCAGAUUGUGGACCAGUAGAAUCAGUUGGUGACAACGUUUACAAGAUCGCAUUUAUUGACCAGAAAGUCCAGGAGAGGGUACUUCAGAAAGCUCAUCAUGUGUUGGAGAUGCCUGGAGGACCUCUCUCCCUCACUCUGAGAGACAUCCCGGAGACUCCACACACAACAACCUCCCCAGUCAGCAGUCAGGAGAUUCGCCACUUGCUCCAGGUCAAAACAUUACCACCUUGUGGUCAAGAACAUGUACUUCAUUGUCUGAGCUUAGGGAAGCAGAAGAUCAACACCAUCUGUCGUCUGGGAGAGGCCAAGCUCCGUCUUCUAGGGAAAGUGAUAGAGAAAGAUCUAGGUGAGGUUGUUCCAGGGGUGAAGGUGACACGCGGUGACUCAGCUCAGCUGGUGCUGGAGGGUUCAGCAAGUGAAGUCCGGACAGCCAGACAGUUGGUUACAGAUAAGAUCUCUCUGGUGCUGGAGCGUGUGGUGCCUGAGGUGUCCCUCCACCUCCUGUCCUUCCUGAGAGAGGAGUAUGGGAGGCCUGGGAACCUGAGCAGUCUGCUGGGGUUGGGACUCCAUGUGGAGGUAGAGCUGGGGGACACAGAGCUCCGUCUGUUCUCCCUCUCCUCUGGGGAACUGGACCAGGCUGAGAAAGAUCUACUGGGGAAGUUUGGGGAGGAGAAGAUUGACGUGCCCAAAGGUGCCCUCUCGGCUGAACUGAAGUCUAAGCUUGAGACGAAGGUGAAGGAGAUGAACCAGAGCAGAUGCAGGGUGGUAGCCAGGUUUGGUCCUGGGUGUAGAGUGCAGCUGCUGGGCCACCUGAAGCAGGUUCAGGAGCUGAGGGAGGAGAUUGGGGCCUUUCUGAGAGACCAGUCCAGUGUAAGAGUUGUGGGACGCCCUCAACAGAACCAUGAUGGCGCAGUCGGUGAAGCAGGCGCCGGACCAAGACCUAACGAGACGGUCGCAGCCACCAGCUAUCACCUCCAGGGGGGGCUGCAUGUAGUUGUUUGUCAGGGUGACAUCACCAAGGAACGGGCAGACGCACUGGUGAACGCAGCCAAUGAGAAUCUGGAUCACGCUGGGGGCGUGGCUGCAGCUCUGAGCCGGGCAGGGGGGCCUGAGGUACAGCAGGCCAGCAGGGAUCUGGUUAGGCAGAUAGGGAGAGUACCCACAGGUACAGUGGUAGAGACUACAGGAGGGAAUCUGCCUUGUAAGAUGCUGCUGCAUGCAGUGGGACCAGUAGGGGGCAGCGUAGGUGGGAAUGAGCGCCCUCUGCUGGAGAAGACAGUAAAGGCAGCCCUGGAUCUGGCAGAGACCCUGGAGCUCCAGACCCUGGCCAUGCCCUGCAUCAGCUCAGGGAUAUUCGGCAUUCCCCUGAAUGUGUGUUCUGAGGCCAUAGUCUCUGCAGUGAGGGACUUUGGGAGGGAACAGCACAUCCUUACCAAGGUCACUCUGAUUGAUGUGAGUGGAGAGGCAGUGAGAGCCAUGCAGGAGGCCUGUGAUAGGCUGUUACAGGGGAAGAGGGAGUUUCCUGGGUGGGAGGUAGAGUCCAGCACCACCACUACCACUACACAUGCUCCUCAGAGAGACACCACUGCUGCCUCCGCCAGGGGAACAGCCGCUCCAGAGGUCUGUGUCCAGGUGGAGAUCAUCCAGGGAACCAUAGAGAAACAGGAGGCUUUUCAGACUGCCCAGAAUGCUAUGCAUAUCAGAGGGUUCGAAUUGGGCAGUCGACCAGAGCAAGACAUCAGGAUUGUGCUGCUGGGGAAAACCGGAGGAGGUAAAAGCAGUGCUGGAAACACCAUCUUCAGACAAGAUGAUGUGUUCCUCUCAGACAGUUCCUCCAUCUCCGCAACACAGAUAUGUGAAGCUCAUACAAAGAACAUCAAAGGCAGAAACAUCACCCUGAUUGACACACCUGGAUUCUUUGACACUGACAUCCCUGAAGAGGAGCUGAAACCUAAAAUAGGUAAAUGUAUAACAGAGUGUGCUCCAGGACCACAUGCCUUUCUCAUCGUGCUGAAAGUGGAACGGUACACAGUCCACGAGAAUGAAGCCGUAGCGAAAAUCGAGACGUACUUUUCACCAGAGGCCUUCAAAUAUGCCACAGUCCUCUUCACACAUGGUGACCAGCUCAAUGGUUUGACCAUUGAGAAGUUUGUCCAACAGAAUGAUGAACUGAACAAGCUUGUGGAGAAAUGUGGAGGCCGCUGUCACGUGAUCGACAACAAAUACUGGAACACCAAUCAGCAGGGUCAGUACAGCAACCAGUACCAAGUAGCAGAGUUACUCAACACCAUAGAGAAGAUGGUGAGAGAGAACGGAGGAGGGUUCUACACCAACGAGAUGCUCCAAGAGGCAGAGAGAUUAAUACAAGCAGAGAUAGAGAGUCUUAGGAAGGAGUCAACGGGAAAGAUGACACAGGAAGAGAUGAGAAAACAGGCUAAAGAAAUAGUGUGGAAGAAAAGCCUGAUCAAACUCUCAGGGAUUACAACAGGUGUUGUGGUAGGAGCUUUUCUUGGGGUGGCACUGGUGACAGGGAUCCCACUCACACUCGCUACAAAACCACUGAUUCAUUUAGUCAAACGUCAGAUGGCAGCUUCAAUGAAAACAGUGCCAACAGUCAUGGCGAAUGCAGAAGGACCAGUCAUUGCAGGAGAGACAGUGGCGCUCAUUGGAGUGGGUUCAGAGAUAGGCAUAGGUGCAGGGGUAGUAGGCAUAGCUGCAGGAGUUGUUGCUGGGACCGCUGCUACAGCAGGAGCAUUAAGAGGAGGGAUAGUAGGAGCUACUGCAGCAGAGGAGGCAGAGACAGUACAGGAGGCAGCAGAGAAAGCAGCCAAUGCUGUCUACCAUGAAGCUAAGGGUAUUUAUGACCAAGCAGGACACCUUUUGAAAGGCUACAGUAACAGAUCAGAUACAACUGGAUUCAUGCAUAAGAAUCAUACGUGGAAUAAUUGAAAGAGUGAUGGCAAAGUAUGUUUCAACAUCUGACUAACUAUGUAGACAUCAGUCAGUUAUAUUCCACUUUUGAAUAGCUUUUUGUCUCAUUUAUUUUUCUUUCUGUUUUGUAUAAAGCAGAUGACUGGGUUAUACAUUCAGGGUUUUACAUAGGUGUGUUCAAACUUUUGUCUGGUAUUAAACUGCAUUGGGGUUCUGGACCAUGACCAUCCAUAGGCUUAUGGUUCACACAUGCGGUUGAGGGAGCAGGUUACCAUUUAUUGAGAUGACUCACGUACUGGAGGCAGAUUUGCAGGUUUGUCACUUGCUGGCACAGCCACAAAGUCAUCAUGUUGAAUUUUAAACCUAACCCUAAGAUUAACUAUACCCUUAACCACAUACACAUGGAGAGAUUUCAGUGUCAACAGAAAAUGUAUUUAAAUUU